UGCGCGGUGCAUUCUUCUGUGGAGGGCGAAGGGAGCAGCCAUCCGCAGGCGGCACAAUUGCUCGAAAUCUCCUCAGUGAUAACUCAGCCCUUAUCGCGCGCUGGGAGGAAAUCUGAAUUAAUUUCCCCCCCAAAAAAACGAUCUUGUCGCAUUUUUCUUCCGGUUUCAGGACAAAAAGCCCCCGCAACAUUUUGUCCGAACUGGAAGUUGUGUUUGCUGGAGCCACCGGGGAGCCUUGUACCUCCACAGUCCCGGGAGGGUUGAUUCGUCCCCCUGCGGAGCGCGCAGCCUUUCAUCCGCCCGGAGGAUCCACCGGAGGAUCCACAGCGCAGGGGUUGCAUUUGGAGAAAAUAUCGAUGCAAUGAUCCCAAGGUGAGCUGACGUCCUCUUGUGUCCGUCUGUGAGAGCUCAGCAUUCAGAGGAAACUCCUGACUGAGAAACACAAAAUGUCUGCUGCUACUAUCAGCCCGCUGAUCCUCGCCAUCCUCCUCCUCGUACCCUCGGUUUCGAGCCAACAAGUCCACUCUAACUGUGUGAUCAAGAGGGAGGAGGAGAAAUGCAUGGAGAUGAUGGCCUCGGAUGAUCCUGGGAACGAUCCAGAAUUUGGCUGUCCGUGGAUGUGGGACAACCUGACGUGCUGGCAGCCUGCCAGGAUCGGUGAGGUGGUCGAAGUCAACUGUCCCGAACUCUUCUCUCAGUUCAUGAGCGAAGAAGACUACGAGCUGGGGAAGUUGAGUCGGAACUGCACCGAGUUUGGCUGGUCAGAGACCUUCCCUCAUUACAUCGACGCCUGCCCCUACGAGGAGGGAAACGGCAGCCGUUCGGACAUGUACUUUGUGUCAGUGAAGGCACUGUACACUGUGGGCUACAGCACCUCUCUGGUCUCCCUCACCAUGGCCAUGGUCAUCCUGUGCAGGUUCAGGAAGCUGCACUGCACCAGGAACUUCAUCCACAUGAACCUGUUUGUGUCGUUCAUAUUGAGAGCUAUUUCAGUCUUCAUCAAAGACGGCGUGCUGUACGCCAAAGAGGACAGCGAGCACUGCUUCAUACACACGCUGGAGUGUCGAGCAGUGAUGAUAUUCUUCCAUUACUGCGUCCUUUCUAACUACUUCUGGCUCUUCAUCGAGGGUCUGUACCUCUUCACUUUACUGGUGGAGACCUUCUUCCCUGAAAAGAGAUACUUCUACUGGUACAUCAUCAUUGGCUGGGGAGCGCCCACAGUGUGUGUGACCAUCUGGGCGGUGCUGAAGUUACACUUUGAUGAUAUCGGGUGUUGGGACAUGAAUGACAACGCUGCCAUCUGGUGGGUGAUAAAGGGACCUGUGCUGGCUUCAAUUAUGAUCAACUUUGUGCUCUUCAUUGGCAUCAUCAUCAUCCUCGUCCAGAAGUUACAGUCCCCAGAUAUCGGUGGAAAUGAAUCCAGUAUUUACCUGAGGUUGGCCCGCUCCACUCUGCUACUGAUCCCUCUGUUUGGGAUCCACUACACUGUGUUUGCCUUCUCCCCUGAGAACGUCAGUAAGAGAGAGCGCCUGGUGUUUGAACUCGGCCUCGGAUCCUUCCAGGGCUUUGUGGUGGCCGUCCUCUACUGCUUCCUGAAUGGAGAGUAUAUCCCUCAAGGUGCAAUCGGAGAUCAAGAGGAAAUGGCGCAGCUGGACGGUGAACAGGUACUUUGCUGUGGACCUGAAGCACCGGCAUCCUUCGCUGGCGAGCAGUGGGGUGAACGGGGGCACGCAGCUGUCCAUCCUCAGCAAGAGCAGCUCGCAGAUCCGCAUGUCCAGCCUGCAGGCCGAGACGCCGGCAACCUGAGCGGCACCGGCGGGGACGCCACGUCCGGCAACGACGCUGCCUCCGGACCUGACGCUGCCAAACCUGCCACGCCCACCCUCGUCCCGAUGACCAGCCUCACCAACCCGUUCCUCAACCCGUACCCCAACCCAUACUCGGACGAAACCAUGAUGGAAACCCAACUCAACUCCAGCGACCUAGAGCAGCCUCUGGUCUGAUCUGCUUCACCCCUGAACCUGACCCCAACGUCAGGAGCCAAAUAAUGAGUCUCUUCAUGACCCGACCUCUGACCUGGUUCAGCUGGAGUGAAAAACAAACUCCUGCUCCCUGAGCAGCCUAUCAUCUUCAAAGGGCAUGAUUAUGAUUCUAGUGUGUAUCUAGUGUCUUGUUGGGCUGUAACAUGCAGAAGAAGCAUGGUUAUCUCUCUGUACAUAUCGUAUUAGUGUUUAGAGUUGUCUGGUGCUACAGUGUUUGCUGCUGUACAGCACAGGGGGACCAGAGAGCUCUACGGUGAUCAUUCCAGUCUGUCUGAGGACGUUUUUACCGUUGUCCUCAACUUUCACCCUCGAAAUGUAUUUCAGACUGUAACUACACACCUUAUUCCUCUUUAAAUACAGACACCAUAGCUGCUGUGCCAUUUCAGAUGGUUUCAUUUAAUAUAGUCAACACUGGGAAAUGUAAAUACCUUAAAGGGGCGGACCACUGAUUUUAUCAGCCUGUGAAAACAGUUAAAUUGUCUUGUUUGGCUCUAGACGAUGACAGAAAACCUGCGUUACAAACUGAGGGUAUAAUGAAAGAUGCAGGUGUUUACCAGGUGAGGAGGAUCUAUUAAAAGAUACAGUCUGUUGCAUCAUGGGAAAUGUAGUAUCUAGUGUUUUAGAGUAAAAUUCCCGAUAUGUCGACCUCUGCUGCUUCGAUUCCGACCCACCCUGAUGUACAGUAAUUACCUUAAAAGUGUAGUUUUGUUAAAUAUGUUGAAGAUUUAAAAUGUCAGCAUCAAAUCAGUGUUAUUGAUUGGUCAGCUGAAACAUUACAGACCCCAGUGGCUAAUCUCAGUAGACUUGUUAAACCCAUUCAGUGCUGAAGACGCACAGGCGGCUACAGCAGCUCAGUGUUAUUUCCCACUGCUACUGGCACAAUCUUUUGUUUCCUGUUUGAACUGAUGUAAAACAAUAUAAUUGGUGUUGAAGACUGAGGAAUGUUAAAGAGAAAUUUCAUCUGGAUCUGACAGGUGGAAAAAGCAGUAUUUAUGAGAAGGACAUGUUUUCUACGGUUAUGUGAAAUGCCAAAAAAAAAAAAAAAACCAGAGGAAAAAAAAACACACCAGGGUUAAAUGAUGACUCCGAGGGUCUUCUUCGGAUGAGUGCUGAGGUUACUACGACUACGACCACAAACACAAACCUCUCUUUUAAACCUCAGCACCGGAACCCAGACGCCUCAUCAGCGCGUCUGUAGAGUUUUCAACAGCCGUUAGUACAGAAAAUGUCAAUGAAAAUGAACUCACGACGAAAAGCAUCACGAGUUCAACUGCUUGCAUGAAAUUGCAUUAAUUAUCCAUGUGUUCUUUUAUUUGUGAGAAUUCAGUGUUUAAUCGGAUGUUACAUUUCUUAACAGUUUCUUUUCCUUCAUGAACUUUGCGGCUGUUGUGGAGGCGAUGCUCUGUAAUCCUGAUUCUUUUGUCUCUUUUUAAAGCCGAGCCUCUUCGGUGUAGACCAACGGACACAUCACAGCACUUCACUGUUUGUGGAUAGAAAUUCCUCAUUUGUUUCUGGAAAAAUUUGAUGAAUGAGGGCUUUUUCCCCCCUUCCCUCGUACCACCUCGCAGUAUCUCUGUCUUUUUGCAGUUAUUGUCUCUGGUGGCAUUUGAUCUCUUUAUGUGUGAACACAAGCACACUGAGAUGGAUGUUACUUUCGGAGAGGGGCUUUUAACUCGGGGGGGUGGGGUAGUAAUUCUCUCAUUCCAAAGACGAAUUAUUCGACUCCUCUCUGAGUUUUUUUUGCACGGCCGUAUCUGUUUGCAAAGGCUGAGUUAGCUUUGCAACUGAUGUCACUGCAGAUUUUUCCUUUGGUCUGACUCAACUAUCCUCGGAAUCCCAACGUUCGACUCUACUUUGUGUCUCCAAAAGUGCCUUUAAGCACAAAACAAGUAUUUUGACUUCUGUUGAUGAUUUAAAAGGAAAAAAAAAGGGAUUUGUCUUUUAAUUUCAAAAACGAAACUGCAAAGUAAAGAAAAGGGUUGAACAAAGUGCUUUUAUGAUGCUUAAGACUAAAUCAGUAUUUUAAACCUGGAGGCCUUCAAACUACUUUAACUCGUCCUUGCUGAAGAUGAGCAGAACAUACGACAGAAUCAAGCAGCGCUACAGUAACUCAAUGUACAGUACACUAAACCACACACACAGAAGAAUAAAUAUGUUUUAGUUUUUAUAUUUUACUGACACAUCUUUUAUUUUUCUCUACAGCAGAAAAAUACAGGGCCAUAAAAUAUCUCCUGAAUCUGAACCACAAGACUUUAAUAAUGUAAUGACUUUUCUUUAUAAUAUUCUCUAAAAUAUGAUACCGUUUUCUUCUAAAUUUGUCCAGGAGAUUUAAUUUAAUAUGACUGGACUGAAUUUCUAAGUAAUUUGGUCAGAAUGCAAAUGUCUGAAAGUGUCUUAAAGACAAACUUUAACUGGAAAAUCAACAACAAAUGAGGGAAUUGACAGAUAUUCUUUUCUGAAUACACAUUAUUUAUGUCUGAUAAUUAGAAAAAAUAAUACAUACACAAUACACAUAAUUUUGGUAAUUUGCAGGUAAAAAGACGUCAAGUACGGAGUCCUGAAGCUGACAAAAUGUAGUUAAAUUAUUAUUAUUUAAAGAAAAAUAGAAGAACAAAAUCAAGUAUUAAUAAACAAAUAAAAACCUUUGCUAUGUUUGCCAGGAGAUUAAAGUAAAAGCAUACAACUUUUAAUAGUGUUAUUUAUUCUCAAAAACUGAGGUACCAUGAGUCAAAAUUACCCCAGCAUAACCCACCUCUCUACAAAAAUCUACCUAAAAAAGGCUGUAAAAUUUACAUUUUUACAUUAUUCAUCUAGCUUUUCUAUUUUCUGUAAAUUUUAUCUAACUACAUAAUAGUUUAAAUGCAAUUUUAAAGUCUUCUCCCCACAGCCAGAAGAUAUAUAUAUAUAUUUAGCAGUAACAGCCUAACAGCCUAAUUGUCAAAUUUCAAAUAUUAAAAUAAAAAUAAAAGACGUCCAUGACAGCCCUAAGUUCCUAAAACACCUAAAUUUGGUAGAAAAAACAACAUUUUUAGAUGUUAAUUGAGACUGAAAGCUUGUUAUUGACUUUGGAAACAGCAGUUGACCAAAAAAGGAGCUUUCGAACAUGAUCUUUAUCCAAAGAGCAUGUUAUCAUGGACUUGUAGAUGUUCAAAUAUAAAUUUUUCUGACAACUUUAACAACUUUUUGCCCACGUUAAUCCCUUUUUCCUAUCUCAUCUUUAUGCGGAUCUUGUGCUGAAGUAGUAUUUUGUCUACAUGCUCUAUUUAUCAGCAGUAAUUUACUGACUAUAUUUAUGGUAGCUACAGUGAUAAAUAUAGGUUAAAACGUCUAGAUCACAUAUACAGUAACUCUGUCCAUCAGUCUUAGUACAAACCUUCACUUUUUAACAAUACUUUUGUCCACUUUUACUCUAAAUAUCUUUACAUCUCUUCACCUGCAAAUGACCGAAUCCAUUCUUUCUGGGAGUCCAGACCAGGCAAAGGCAAAGAGAGAAAGGAAGGGCUGACCGGAAACUGUACUGUCCUGUUGCUCUGCUGUGUCUGUAUUCAGUGCGACCUGAAAUAAUAACAGUGCAGAUCCAACAGCAGCCAUAAGGGGGCCCUGUUUCAUCUUGUGAUGUUUGGGGAAAGGGCUGGACAAUCACCACCUCCUCUGCUCUGGUUCAGUUGAACGUUCAGGCGAGCUCAUCACAAGCAUUAUCACAAUCUCACCAGGACCACGAGCCUGAUUUUUUUAAUGUAUUUAUAAAUGAUUUCCUUUAGUGUUAAUAUGGGAGUUGGAGCCUUAUAUUGCCAGUACUAUGUUGAUGUCAGACAAAGAUGUUGCUAUUAUUAUAAGAAUAAAUAUUGAUUUGAACCUGUUGUUUUGAACUAUGAAGUAGUUAGUUGAAGUGUUUGAAAGGUCUGUAGCCAACCUUUGUGACUAAAUAAACCGCAGUUUAAAUGUGCGAGACAGAAACAAGCUGCCAACGUCGUACCUUGUAAAUGUGGUUCAAAGUGAAUAGCUGUCAAUUAAAAACUUUGCGCUGUGAUUGUUUUCUUAUUUUCAUUUGUAUUUUUUAAAUGGUGAUCGUGUUUUCUCAAAGUGUAAAGCCUCCUGUAAUGCCUCUGUACUCUCUAAUAGGCUGAUGCAUGCGUGUAAAAUCGUUUUGAUCUCAUUUGACCAGCAGAUGUAAUCACAAGGGAGGGUCGAGCUUUCGGGCCAUUAAGGGAAUCCGAGCCGCGUCCUCGUUUUCGAACAGAACGAGUGGGAUGAGGCAAUUAAUAAGCUGGAAUGUGGAUAUUGGGUUUCAGCUGUGAACGAUUCAUCGAACUGAAGCUCUAGUCCCAUCGAAUACUUUUCCUUUGAAUGUUAAUCUUUUGCCGACAUGAGGAAAAGUAAAGUGCCACAAAAACUGCUGGACUCUUUUUGUUCUUAUUGAUUUUUACAGCAAAGCAUGACAAGAACUUUGGUUUCAAAUGUUUUUCUUUUUAGCUUUUUGAUGGUGGUUAUCUUUAUUGAAUUGCUUCACUGUAUUGAUUGCCUGUUUUAAUCAGUUAGAGGUAAAAAAAUAAAUAAAUGUUAAAUGGGGCUUAGCAGUUUGCAUACUGAUGGCUGAAUGUAAAAGUAACUUAAAGCACUCUUCUGUGAGCCUGCUUCUGUCUGCUCAUGAGCUCCUCUUGUUUUCAUUUGAUCUCUUUCACUGCACAGUGCACCAUUUUAUCUCGUUUCGGUGUGCACAUUAGAAGGGUUUUUUUGUACAUUAUGGAAGUAUCGACAAUAAAUGUUUUUAACUUGUUGGCUCAA